UCGUAAGUCGUAACCCACACCAGAUUCCACACAUCUGAUUAGGUGAAUCAUUCUCUUUCUCUUUCUCUUUCUCUUCUUCAUACAUUCAACACCCAAACACCUCUCUCUCUCUCUCUCCGCAUAUAACUCCUCCUGCUAUCAUCCACAUAGACACAACAACCACCCUGUGAAGAUGGUAGGAGCUAUUAAGGCUGCACUCGGAGACGCAGUAUUGACUUUCAUGUGGGUUUUUUCUUCUUCCAUGUUGGGUAUAGUUUCAAAGGCAAUAACGCAAGCACUUGGUCUUCAAGAUGUUUCGUACAAUGGUUUCCCUUACCCUUCUUUGAUUAUCAUCACUACCCUUGUGUUUCUUCUCGUUUUUCUUUUCACCUUAAUUGGUAGUGCAAUGGGUGGUGCUAGCUUUAACCCUACUGGUACUGCUGCUUUUUAUUCCGUUGGUUUGGGUUCUGAUACGCUUUUUUCCAUGGCUCUUCGUUUCCCUGCCCAGGCUCUUGGUGCUGCGGGUGGUGCAAUGGCAAUUGCAGAGUUGAUUAAUCCGAAAUAUAAACACAUGAUUGGGGGUCCUUCUUUGAAAGUGGACUUGCAUACUGGGGCUGUUGCUGAGUUGGUUUUAACAUUUGUGAUUACUUUUCUGGUCCUAUGCAUUUUCAUCAAGGGGCCUCGUAAUGAUUUAUUGAAGAUUUGGUUGCUGGCCAUGUCAACCGUCACUUUGGUCAUGGUUGGCUCUGCUUACACUGGUCCGUCCAUGAACCCUGCCAAUGCCUUUGGUUGGGCAUACUUAAACAACCGGCACAACACAUGGGACCAAUUCUAUGUCUACUGGAUUUGCCCCUUCACUGGCGCAAUAUUGGCUGCUUGGCUGUUCCGGGCUAUCUUCCCUCCACCAGAAGUAAAACAGAAGAAAGCAUGAUAGCUUUGUUUCUUAUAUCAGUUUGUUAAAUGUCAUGCAUCAUGUUUCAGCUCAUAAUGGAACAUGUUUCAUUAAGUAUGAUAUCAAAUUUGAAAUUGUUAGUGCUAAAUUAUUGGAGUUAUUGAUAAAUGGAUAACUCAUAGAUUCAGUUUCUAAUUGGAAAAGUUCAAUAAAGAUAUAAGCAGUAUCUAGGCUGGGUAUUGAUUUGAAUCA